AUGUCCGGCAACGACACGUCCGACAGCGGUUUAGCAGACCUCCUACGGGACCUGUCCCUGACGCCACCCCCCCUGCUGGAGAGCACCUCCGGCGAUCCGAUCGCCGCGCCGCCCGGACACCCGGACCCGGCCUCGCAAGAACUGCGGCAAAUCUCGCGGCAGCGUUCGAGUGAUGACCCGGAUGCGACCGAGAGGCGGCAGUCCAGACGGAUCUCUUUAGGUGACAAUGGGCUGCCCUUUGAACUCACCAACAACGAGUUCGUGACGGCGAUGCGGCACUACUACUCUUCCAACAACUUGGGAGGAAGUUGGGCCUUGAAUGCAGAGGACAUCAAGAACCUGCAGGACCAUUCGCAAUGCGUGGACUGGGGUCAGGAGAAGAAUAUUCAGAAGCUGAAGGACCGCGACCGUCACCUUGAGAUCUCACCGACCGACGUGCGGAAGGUGGUCCGCAGCAUCUUCUGGGGCUUCGAGGACAUCGCCGACGCCCACUUCACCGCCGAGGGACCUGCGCCGGUGCUGGUGGUCUCGGAGGACCUGCGAAGUCGGGUGAAGCGGCUGGCGCAGCAGAUCGUUGAAGGGAAGGCCUUCACGCUCUACUUCAUUUUCCUGACGCUUUACGCUCUUUUUGGCCCCGAUUUGUUGUUGAUGACCGGGCAAAGUGGGAUGGACCAGGAUAACUUGACCCUCUCGGUGAUCAACGUCCUGGUCUUUCUCUGUUUCGCCUUUGAGGUUGCUCGAAAAGCUGCUGGCUUGGUAAGCCACUUAGACUACUUCGACCCGGAGCAAUACGAAAUAGACAGGGAGGGUCAACGUAGGCGCGAAGAGCGCUCGAGGUCGGCUGCAGAAGCUGGCGCGGUAGCCAAGGAGGUUUCAGCUGCUGCUGUGCCUGUGCCUGUGCCGCCACCGCCGGCAAGGACAGUGCAUCACACAGAAUCGGUCAGAUCCUUGUCAUCUCGACGUGUGAUUACAUCGAGCUCUUCUGUAUCGGUGCCGGCACGACCCAUCGCUCCUCCACCUACGCCCACUGGGGGUGCCAGUGGUGAGUGGCAAUUGUUGUGGGUGUGGGUGGAACACACCGAGGCGGGUUCAAGGGCCCCUGAGACACCGCCGAAGGCGGCACCGCCUGCAAAGAGGCGAUCUAGGUCUCCUUUGCCGCGGAGGUCCAAACCGUUUUCAGCUGUUGCUUCAAAGGUGCCUGCUCCUACAGUUGCUCCAGUGGAGGCAGAGCCCAAGGUGCCGAAGAAGCCGAGAUCUCCGAAGCAGAGAAAGGCUGAAACAAGGAAGGUGGCCUCGAGACCAUCUUCCGUUGACACGGCAAAGCCAUCGUCUUCGACAAAGCUUGUUGGGUCUGCACCAUCUACAGCGUCCUCAUCUGCUCCUUCAUCCUGUGCUACCACAACACCAGCUGCGCCAGAGCGCACUGUGAAGAUCACUCCUGUUCGCAAGGCCAAGGAGCUUGCAAAAGGGGCCGAGUCGAAGGUUGCAAAGCCCAAGUCUCUCCAGGAGAGGACUGUUCAGUUGAAGCCAGCCAAGGCUGCUGCAAAGUCCUCGGAGGUUGUUGCGGACAUUGCACCAUCUUCCACGGCGUCAGGGGCAAGAUCUACUGAGAGACCUUUGAUUGGAUUGGACUGGCAUAAGACUUUGAGCCACGAGCGUGAAACUGACGGUGGUGCUCUGGAGGGUUUUGUUCCGGCAUCCAGCAUUGCGAUCCUCAGGGACUUGUUGAACAAAGGCUGGGAUCUUUGCGUGGUGUCAUUCAGCAGUGCAUUGGCCACGCAAAACACCACGUUGACAGCAGCUCGAGCUUUGGAGCAAAGAUUGCAACGUCCGUUCAAGGACAUCUGCAUUGUGCCUCGCAAGCGCACCUCAGAUUGGACAAAGGGACCCAGUGUGACUGGGCAUACCCAGUCAAAGGCUGAACUGGUCAAGGAGCUUGGCAUUGCCAUUUUUGUGGACGAUCAGCGUGCCCUCUGCAACGACAUCCUUCAGUUGCAAGUCAAUCGUGCACGUGGGUCCAAGGUGGUUGCCAUCACAACUGACAGCAGAUCGCCAAGUGAUAGCCUUCGGCCUUUGGAGCGGUUGAUCCGAAGAACUGACAUUGAUUCGGUGCCAUUGCCGUCCUAUUUGAAGUCAUUGGUGCCUGCGACGCCAUUCAGAGUUGUCGGUCCAGGGAUUGAGUAUUCCACAUCUUCAGAGUCACCAGAGAUGCAGUCGGGUCCAGCAGCGAUAGCAGACUCCAGCCCGCCUCAGGAAGUGCAAGUGUCUUCAGCUGCGCACACGAGGUUGAAUCAAGCUGAGCAAGCGAGCCGGUUGGCGAUGCAGCGUAUACAUGCAGAAGGGUCUCAGCAGAUUUCACAGGUUCAGCAUGAAAGAGACCUAGCUGUUCAGCAAUUAAGUAAGGAUGCUCAUCAGUUGCAACAGGUCCAACAGGAAAAGGCCAUUCUGGCCAGACAAGCUGAAGGUGAGACCAUGACCGCCACCCAGCGUGCUGAGGCGCAGAUCUCAAUUCUUGCAGCGGACAACCAGAAGCUGGUGGGAGAUCGACAGCAACUGCAUGACCAGAUGCAGAUGCUGAGACAGGAGCUGGCGGCCGCAAAGCAGCAGUUGAUGAACAAGGAUCUUCUCUCGAUCCACUUGGCGCGUGUAACGCUGCCGAUUCAACGGUCAGUGCAUGUGCUGGGAUUCCACCGAUUCCAUUGGUUGGAUGCACGGGUGCUUUGGGGAAUGUUCCUGUUGGAGGUAGAUGUGAUGUUGGAUUUCAGAAGCAUCAAAUCCAGUAUGACCCGAAUGGCCCAAGAAUUCAAGCGGGACAUAUUGUUCCGCAACAACCUUUUCGAGAUGAUCAGUGAUGUUGGAAAUGGCGGUAGAACAGAUGGGGGAGAUCCACCAUCAGGGGGGGGGCUGCUUCCUGGGGAAAAGGAUGAAAAUGUUUUCAAGAUCAAGCAUUUGAAAGGAAUCCAGAUCACUCGUUUGCCAAAUGAUGCCACUUCAUGUAGGGAAUGGCGUGCAGCAUUUUUAGCUGCAGUGAGUCGCAUUGAUUUGACUGAUCGCGAUGUGUUGGUGAAGUUUUGUGUCCAUUGCGUGGAUGGUGGACGUGGUCGCAAGUUUCGUGAAGAGCUUCAGGCAUCAACUGCGUUCACGAUGUUCAGCAAGCAUGUCGCUGCGGAGCUCAUCAAGCCUGAAGUUUUGGCAACAAACACUGAUCUUGCACAUGAACUGACUUCAUGGGUGGAGGAAUGCGCAACCAAGCAAGAGGGCCCCAAGGGCAUGCCUCUGAUGAACCUCAUUAUCAGCUUCUACGAGACUGGGACUGAUUCGUCAGUGGCUCUCAGUCAGAUGCAUCUGUUGUCGCUUCAGUUGACCGGAAAAUCUCUCAAGGAGGUUGGGGACUUUGUGAAGAAGACCAACUACGUCUUGCAUGGGUUGAAGCCUGAGGACAGGCCAGCCGAGAACACGCUCUACGCAUGGCUAUGGCAUCAGGUGAAGAGAGUGCCAAUGUUGAACCGUGUGACAGAGCGGGUCAGGAACAGCAAGGCCAACUCCAAAAAGAGGACGUUCGACUGGCUAUGGGCACAGAUUGCAGAAGAGUUGAGAGAGCGGCGCCAUGACAGCAACUUCGAGAAUGUAUCAAAGGGGUUGCAGUCGAAUCCACCAAGUCAGCUUGCGCUUCCAGCGCAACAGCAUGAGCAGUCAGGAAAGGCUUCAGCCAACAAGCCCAAGCAUGAAUCGAAGGGCAAUGCUCCGGCGGCAGCUGGUCCGUUAGAUGUUGGGAAGGUGAACCAUGAGAAGAACCGGAAGGCACCAUGUGCCCUCCACGCGGCUGGCCAUUGUAGAUUUGGCAAAAGAUGCAGGAACCAUCAUCAAGGAGAACCAGGAUCAGAUGCAGCGAAGAAGGCCUUCACGGAGCACCAGCAAUCAAUGCUGAGUUCAAAGGGUGGUCAGAAAGGUUCCGAAAAAGGAGAUGGAAAGGGAUCCAAGGGAGGAGGAAAGGCCCAGAAGGGAAAGAAAGGAGAUGGAAAGGCAACAAAGGGAGCUGCAGCGAGUGCUCCACCAGCAACAGCGGCAGCAGCGGCAGUGGCAUCUACAGUCACGAUCACUGAAGUCGAUGGACAGAAGGUCAUGGCGGCCUGGAAAGGUUUCUGUGAUUUUUGCUCAAAGGCCUUGCCAUCCAUGUCCGUGUUUUUGAAGCUGAGCGUUCCCAUUUUGGCAACUUUGAUUUCUUCGAUUGUUGAUUCUCCCAAGUUUGAAUGCGUGUCGGCUGCAUCAGCUCUUCACCCUUGCAUUGAGCAGUUCCGCUCCAUGAGCAUUGAAUUGCUUGGAGACACAGGUGCUGCAUAUGAUAUAGGUUCAUUGCAUGCAAUCCAGGAACAGGGAAUAGAUCCAGAGUUGCUCAAGCCGUGGAUCGGAUGUCUUCAGAACCCUGUGAGAUUUGCAACUGGCGGUGGACCGCAGACAUCUCAUGAAGAGUUGAAGUUGUAUGCCAAACGUGUUGGAGAUUUGAAACUUCAUUUGCUUGAACAUUGCCCUUUAGCCAUGUCAAUUGGUCAACAGAUCAAGCGUGGACGCACAUUCAUUUGGCGUCAUGGUGAAGCUCCAUACAUCGUACUAGAUCACAAAAGGUGUCGAGUAUGGUGUCCUCUCGAGCAUAGAUGGUAUGCCAAACGGGUUCAAAACAAUGUUCCAAUCUUUGCCAUUGAGCCGCAACAGCUUGCAGGUGUACCACAACAAGGUGCAACGUCGACAGCUGAGGCAGCACCAGCGGAGGCUGUUAAGCCCGUUGCUGAGGAGCAUGAUAAGCCCGAGUAUCAGGAGGCAGCCGUUUGCUCACAAUGUGUUGGGGAUGCAACGUCCAUUUUUUGUGAGGAUUGCAUGGAACGACAGUACGCAUGUGUAUGCGAUCUGUAUCCAGAUGACCAUGAUAACAAUAAUAAGCGUGGCAUGGAUUUGGUCGCGCCAGCGCGCGGACAUGACAAUGUUUCGCAUGAUUUGAUUUUGUAUCAGGACCCGCCACAGGUGGAGCCUGUUCAGGAACACUCCAAGAAGGCCAAGCGGAAGGCACAAAGGAGGAGGAAGUGGGAGAGUGCCACAACCACCGGUCAGGGGGGUUCCAGUGAAAGGAAGAUCCAUGGAAUUUCCAUCAAUGAGAUGGUUCUGGACAUGAGUCAGUUCUAUGAACAAAUGGCUCAAACGAAGGAUGCAUCCGAAGCAGCGGUGUAUCGACAGAUUGCUAAGGACAUCAGCGAGGAGCAUGCCACUUUUGACAACUCAGAUCCUCCAGGAGAAGCAGUUACUGUUGAACAGCAUCAUGAGGGACUUCCUGGACAUGGCAUGUUGAUCGAAUUCUGCACUUCACCUGACUCGAUGUUGGGAAAUGUCGUGGUGAAGCAUGGGGGCAGAGUUUCAUAUGAGUGGCCACGGCAUUGCGUUGGCUGGGCAACAAAUGAGGUGAAGCAUAUGUUACAGCAACUGGACAUGAUGAUCGUCGACUUCGAUGGAUGCAGAGUGGGAGUUGUGGAUGGUGAUGGCCAACCGCAUCUCAAGCGUUGGCGUGAAGAGCCAGUUCCAACUCCAACCAUUUUUCAGUCUGUGGAUUCUUUUGCAUGUCCCGCUGAUAUGUCUGAUGGGGAAGCACCAGCAGAUGACGAGGACGACAGAGUGAGAGAAUCACGAGAUGAACGGCUGAAGCGUGAAGCACAGAGUUUGGAACACAUGACACUCCAUGACCGCAAAAAUCCGUUUUGUGAACAUUGUUGUCGUGGAAGGAUGCUCAGAAGAUAUGCCCAUAGGUUCCGUGCUGAUCCAGAGGACAGUGAGAUGCCCUAUGAGCGAGCUAAGGAAUUUGGCAGCAUCAUCGAGGCAGACAACAUCUUUCCAGCUGUGGAAUCUAGAGGCUUGGGAGGAGAACUUUGUGCACUUGUUGUCAGGGAUAGAUACUCUGGAAUUUGCCUUGCGUACCCACAAACCAGCAGAGACGAGGAGUCCAACUAUGAGUCAUUGAAACAUUUUGCUGGGUACCCGCUUAGCGGACGCACUGAUACUGUAUUUUGUUCGGACACAGCCCAAGAGUUGACAAAUGCAGCAUCACGUCUAUGUUGGGUUUUGGAUCCAAGUGCGCCAAACUAUUGGCCACACAAUGCACACCUUGAGCGAGAAGUGAGGACGCUUAAGGAGUUGAGCAGGCGGUCACACAUCCAAGCUGGUUUUCACAAAAGGCUCUGGACUUUGACAAUUGAUUAUGUUUCAAAAGCAAGAUCGUUUUUCUCACCUGCUCCGAUUGCCAACCAUGAAAAAGGCACUGAGGCGGAGGAGAACAAGAUUGGAAAGACCAGAUGGCAUGUUGCCACAGGGAGUGAGUUUGGAGGACCUCGAUAUCCGCUUGGGGCUCUUGUGUACUAUCGUGCGAAAGGAGACCUCGGUGAGCCAACAACAAAACCGGGACUGUUUGCAGGAUGGCAUUUGGCGCCUGGGCUCAGAUUCCGUGGAAACCUUCUCAUUGUUGACUAUGAGUCAACCAGGACACGAGCUCACUUACAUUGGAUUCCCAAGGUUGUUCACCAGCGUGAGACGUUCUUGCCACCAAUUGAACAUGUUGAGUUUCCGCUCGCGCGUGCUGCGCGCACUGCACUUCUUGAUAUGACUGAUGUUGAGAUGGUGUUGAAACGUGAUGAAUAUGACAAGUCGUUUGUUGAAGGUGUUCUUCCAUAUGAUAUCUGCAUAGAUGCAUUUCCCAUUGAAGACAGGCCGCCUCCACCAGGACAUGCUUACAUCACAUCUCAACGUCUUGAAAAGCAUGGAGUAACUGUUGGAUGUUCAGGUUGUGAAAAUGGACAUUCGCGACACACAGCAGAAUGCCGUGCGAGGUUUGACGGAAUCUAUGGACUUCGUAGUGGAGUACCCCCGACACCGUCAGUUGCACCACCAACACCAGCAGCACUUCCACCAACUCCGGCCGGUGAGCGUGCAUCAUCAAGUGGACAUGCUUGUGACCCUCUUGACGAUGACAUUGUUCCGGAAUGUCCGCCAGAAGAGCCUGCAGAUGAAGUGUUCCCGGCGGCAGUGACCCGCCAACUUCCACGUGCUGAAGUCAUAGCACGACCAGACGCUCUGAAGGCCAUACGAAAAGAAUUCGAUGGUGUGGCCAGUAUGGGAACCUGGGAUUGGGCCCCCGUGGAUGAGGAACACAACGUCAAGAAACGGGCCAUCGAGAACCAUGAAACAAUCCAUCUCGCUGACCUCUUAGCAAUAUGCUCCGAGAAGCACGUCGAAUUGGAGCCAGCCUUCAGACAAUUGAAAGGCAGAGUGUGUUACCGAGGAGAUGCAGCGAAGACAGAGAGUGGAAACAUCGCCUUGUACCAGACGCUUUCGGCAUCGCCAGCAUCAAUUGUGGCCGCCAAUGCCAUAAUCUGUUUUGGUUUGAUGAGCGGAUGCAAGGUGAGCACAGCAGACGCUGUAAAAGCGUAUUUACAAUCGGAACUGAAGUCACUGUGUGCAACUUGGGUCAGAUUGCCUAGAGAGGUUUGGCCUGACGACUGGUUUUGGCCCAGUGGAGAGCCACGCUACCGCCGACCGGUAGUGCGGUUACACAAAUCGCUUUACGGCCAUCCAGAGGCCGGCUCCCAUUGGGAGAAACACCUCAACAAGGAGCUUGUUGCCAUGGGUGGAGUUCCAAUUGAUGAGUUUGCGUCGACAUAUGUCUUCCCAUCAUACAACAACUUGGCGCUCAUUGUAUACGUUGAUGACUUUGUGCUUGCUGGAGAUGCCACCAUGCAUGACACAUUUUGGCAGGAUCUUGGCAAGAGGGUCCUCAUUGAUGACAUUGGGGAUCUUGGUCGUUUUCUUGGCCGUCAUCACACAACAAUUGAGCGUGAGGGCAAGGAACUGUUCGCAUUUGACAUGAGAGCAUAUGCUCAAGAUAUCGUCACUGACUACCUCAGAAUCACUGAAGGAAAGCAGCUGAAGAAGGUCAACACUCCUUUCUUCGCCAAUGGGGACAUUGAGGAAGAUGAUUCCCGUGGGGAAUUGGGAGACAAGGCCUCCAGCAUCCUUAUGAAGAUGAUGUGGUUGGCCAGGCUUGCAAGGCCAGAUCUUCUGAGAGUGACCACUUGGCUUGCGACCAAGAUCCAGAAGUGGUGUGCUGGUUGUGACGUAGCGUUGUUCCGAGCCAUCUGCUACAUAGAUAGUACCAAGAAUCACAUGUUGACCGGUUAUGUUGGUGAUGGAAUGGAUGAAGUUUUCCUAGAGUAUUUUGUUGAUGCAGACCUAUGUGGAAGUACAGAGGAUUGCUACAGUACCUCAGGUGCAUGGAUCCAACUGUCCGGAAAGGACACGUCGUUUCCUUUGUGCUGGGUAAGCAAGAAACAGACAGCGGUGUCUAGAAGCACCACUGAGAGCGAGACCGUGGCUUUGGCAAACAUUUUGUUUGAUGAGGCGAUACCCCUGGCAGAGCUUUUCAGCACGCUCUUGAAGCGGAAUGUCUUACUGAGAAUCAGAGAAGACAACGAAGCCUGCGCAAAAGUAUGUGCAGCUGGAUAUUCUAAGAAGCUUAGGCAUUUGAAGAGGGUGCAUCGCAUCAACCUAGCAUCGGUCAAGGAGCAAUUAGACAGAGAAGAUACAGAGCUCAUGUUGGUAGGUACCAAGUAUCAACGUGCAGACAUAUUCACAAAGGCCUUGUCUGGCCCUCUUUGGCAACCAGCCCUGAACAUGCUCGGCAUUCAUGAGGAGUACAACAUCAUCAAAACCUCUCAAGCAGGGCUCAAGAUUAGUCAAGACAUGACUCUAGCACCACCUCAAACUGGCGCGGGACCUGCUGAGCAUAAGAUCGGCUACAAGAAGAAACAGCGGAGGAAGCCGUUACGGCAAGAGAUGUUGAUGUGUUGGGUGCUCCCUGGCUAUCUCUUCUCUUUGCGCUUUGUCAUGGACACCUGUGCAACCUUGAGCAUUCUCGGAGAUACCGCAAUCGCGACCGAAAUCAUCAAUACCGACGCUGCUGUGGCGAUGAGGACCACUAGAGCUAUGCGAGGUGCUGGUCGAUCUACCAGAAUGAUCAGUAUCCUGCGCAGCUUGCGGGUUUGGCAGAUCUUGAAGCUGCUCCCGCGGCUGCAACGGCUCACGGAGAGUGGGACCAAAGAGUUGGCCAUGCUGAUGUGGCAUAAACGUCUGCAGAACGUGGCAGGGUUCAUCGAUGAUGAAGGCAUCGGCGAAUUGUCCGACGAACAGAUGGACUUUUUCACCGCGGCUUUAAGAUUGGAAUUUCCGAAGCCACAAGAAGAGGACAAGAUGAAGCGCCUCACCUGGUUCUUGGAGAAACUUCAAGGGUCGAGCUAUGCCACAGCCCUUAGGAGCUGGGGUCAAACCCUCAUACCUUGGUGUAGAUCUACUAAGGUGGAAGAGGCGGACUUCAGCCGCUAUAGUUUGGAGAUUCGCUCCUGCUGGGACAUGGACAUGGGCCAGAGAGCUUUCCGCCGUUGUUUGGAUGAUAUCACCACCAUGAAGGCAUCCUGUACAGUGCUCUACCAGUCCAUGCUGGGGUUGAUCCUGAAGAUUUGUAUCAUUGUAUUGGCUUUGCUGCUCAUGCUGCAGUUCGUCAGUGGUUCACUACCAGAGAUCGCCCGGAAGCAGGCCAUCGCUCAGUUGGAGGUCAUUGAUGCUGAGAGCCCAAUGAGCCAAGAAUCGGAUCUGAUCCUCUGCGAGAUGAUCCAGAACCAUUUCGUUGCCCGGCGGCAACGGCAACGGCCCGGUUAG